AUGCCGGUCCGGUGGCUGAAGCUUGGAGAACUUUCCAGUUCAUCAGCCCCAUUAUCACCUACAUGCGUGGGGGGAUCCCAGCAGGUGGUGGUGAGGAUGCACCAUGCGUGUAGGGUUCGAGGCCUGGAGACUCAACUGAUGUGGGCCAUCUCCAAGGAGACAAACAGACUUAGUCCAGAGGGCAUCCCCUACUGUGCCACCAAGGUGCAGUCCAUCUCUUGGAUCCAGUAUGUGGCUGGCAGGGUGACCCAGUAUGCGUCUCACCUCCGCCACGAGACGUCUGUGGCCGUGACGCUUGGCUGCUACCAGCAAACUGAUGUCUCGGUGGCGUACGCAACUCUCCACAUGGGGCUGGAUGGGCUGCUCUCCUUCUCGGCGUGGUCGGAGGCUGCCUCCGUCUCUACGCCCACCACUCAGCAGUUCACUGAGCCAGAGCCUGAGGCCCACAACUGCUAUGAGGGCUGGGAGGAGGACCUGCUGCCUGAGGAGAGGGAGGUUCCUCUGCUAAACCUCUACCUUACCACCAAGAGAGUGGAGGACAUCGGCCUGAGGCUCAUCUCCCUGCGCCAGGCCUUUACUACCCUGCUCGGUUCCACCCUGAGCAGGAACCAUCUGUUUGUGGCGGGAAAGGUCCUACUGGGCGCACUGGUUCAGGUCCACCAGAUGGAUGAGGCCGAAUUCAUCCGUGCCUAUAACGACUUUGUGAACUACCUGAGUGACCCCUCCAAGCAGAUUGACAUUGAGAGGGAGCUGGCUGAGGCAAAGAUCCAUCAUGUUAACCUGAUAGACGUCCUUUUGAGCUGGUGCUGUUUGGGAUGA